GUGGGCUGGCAUUAGAUGAGACAUUUACUGUAACUACAGCCAGGCUUAUUUCAUCUCUGUGCCACUAAAAUAACACUGAAUGAACCAUGCGCUAUGAUUGUGUGAUUUACCUGGCUUUGUUAUCGCCUGCUUUGUUUGAGACAGUUCUUGGUCAUUAUGGAUUCGGCCUUGCUCUCUGCCGUGUGCUUGGCUCUUUAAAAAGUAUUGAGAUUAUUUACUCAGUCCAUUAUGACAAAACUGAGUUGCUGAGAUUUAACAGUACCGAGAACAAAGUAGUUGCUUACACUGAAUAUGCAAUGAAAUGGGCAGACGACCUGAAUAAAAAACCUGAGUGGCUACAUAUGGAGGCAGAAAAAAACAUUAGAGACUGCAAGCGGUUUGGACAGCUAUUCCUCCCUAUGAUAGAAGAAACAGUAAAACCAGAAGUCGUUAUCCGGUCAGUAAGGCAAGCCAGUGGUCAGAGUCCAGCAAUGCUGAUCUGCAGUGCCUAUGACUUCUACCCCAAACCCAUCAAACUGACGUGGAUGAGAGAUGAUAAAGAGGUGACAGCUGAUGUGACGUCCACUGAGGAGCUGGCUGAUGGAGACUGGUACUAUCAGAUCCACUCCCACCUGGAAUACUUCCCUAAACCCGGAGAGAAGAUCUCUUGUGUGGUGGAGCACGCCAGCUCCAACAGACCCAUGAUCUAUCACUGGGAUCCGUCUUUGUCAGAGUCUGACAGGAAUAAGUUUAUAACAGGUGCUGCAGGGUUGGUGUUGGGAGUGAUUAUGGCAGCAGGAGGAUUGAUCUACUAUAAAAUAAAACACAAAGCACGUUUUCCAUCAGCUGGAAGUCAAGACAUCAGAUGCUCUGAACCUCUGCAUACACUGAGUGGCACUGAGUGAUAGAAAUACACUGCCUGGCCAGGUUGGCAUUUAGAUGUAAAUAAGCAAAUACUGAAUUUUGUAAGGGGUGCAAUGCAAUAUUGGAGUGUGCAUUUUUUUAGUACAGACAGAGAAAGUUUAACUCCAGCAUAUUCCAAAAAUACUUAAUGGAGCUAUGAUCAGGACUUUCAGGUGAUUUUUUUUCUUUCAACAUGGCUACUCAAGAAAUGGAAAGCUAUGCAUUGCAUCAGGAUUAAAAAAAAUUGACAAAGGUGACAUGCUUGAAACUUAUUAAUCGUUUAACACCAAUGUGUAAAUGUAAUAACUGUGUUAUUGAGUUUUUAAACUUUCUUAUUAGUCUAAAAAGAGCUUGUACUGAAGGCAAUAUGCCAAAACAACACAUAAUAGUGUGGCUAAAAAAUAAAAAUGAUUGUUAAUUUUACAGUAAAAUGUUGUUAAUUGUACAGUUUUUAGAAGCAAGUGAAACAUGUAAACCAUUUAAGUGUUGGCUGCUGCUUUCCAUGAAUAAAAAAAAAAGCAUCA